UUAUAAUUCCGUUUCCUCGUUUCAAAAUAGCAAGGAGCGAUGUGAUGUAGGGAGAAACUUAUUUAUUAUCAUUUAUACGAAUUUAUAGUGGUCAGUGAGGCAAAAUGGGUGCUUGCUGUGGCAAAACGAAAGAUCCACAUCCAAAAGGAAAGAAUGAACCGGCGAGUACACCAAGCGCGAAUACUACAAAUAACAUUCAAAUGAAUACUCCUUUUAAUCAUGGGCCACCUCCCUCGGUUCAACCAACCAGUCCGUUUGUAAAUAUGAACAGUUCAGCUACGAUGCAAAAAGGAACAUCGGUUUAUAUUGGCUUAUACGACUAUGAUGCCAGGAUAACUGAAGACCUCAGCUUCAAGAAAGGUGAACGCCUCGAAAUUAUCAACACAGCCGACGGAGAUUGGUGGUACGCACGAUCACUGUCGACAGGCAAAGAAGGCUACAUUCCAAGCACAUAUGUCGCUCCAGAAAAAAGUUAUGAAGCGGAAGAUUGGUUUUUUGGAAGCAUUAAAAGAGCUGAUGCAGAGAAAAGGUUGUUGAUGCAUGGACUGCCCACUGGCACCUUCUUAAUCAGAAAAGCAGAAACUGCCCCUCAGGGUAACUUCUCACUCAGUGUCAGAGAUGGCGAGACAGUGCGCCAUUACAGAAUUAGGAAGAUGGAUAAUGGUGGAUAUUUCAUAGCAGCAAGAGCAACAUUCCACAGUCUUAAUGAUCUUGUUGCUCACUACAUGAGAGAUUCUGAUGGCCUUGUUUGCCAGUUAUCCUUGGCAUGUCCAGGUGAUAGACCACAGACUGGGGGUCUGGCAAAGGAUGCUUGGGAAAUUCCAAGGGAAUCUUUGAAACUCACAAGAAAGCUGGGAGCAGGUCAGUUUGGAGAAGUAUGGGCUGGAAUAUGGAAUAACACAACGCAAGUUGCAGUGAAAACAUUGAAGGUUGGUACCAUGUCACCAGCUGCUUUCUUAGAGGAAGCUCAGAUGAUGAAGAAACUAAGAGACAAACAUCUGGUUCAGCUCUAUGCUAUUUGUUCAGAUCGGGAGCCAAUCUACAUUGUCACCGAGUUCAUGUGCCAUGGCAGUUUGCUUGAUUUUCUGACUAAGGGUGAAGGACAAACUCUGAAAUUCCCAAAUAUUAUAGACUGUGCAGCACAAAUUGCUUCUGGUAUGUUUUAUUUGGAGAAGCAGGGAUAUAUUCACAGAGAUUUGGCUGCAAGAAACAUCUUGGUUGGAGAAAAUUACAUUUGUAAAGUGGCAGAUUUUGGUUUAGCAAGACUGAUUGAAGAUGAUGAGUACAAUGCAAGGGAAGGUGCCCGGUUUCCCAUCAAAUGGACAGCACCUGAAGCAGCUUUGUACAAUAAAUUUACGAUUAAGUCGGAUGUAUGGUCCUUUGGCAUUCUUCUUGCAGAAAUGGUUACCAAAGGAAGGGUGCCAUAUCCUGGUAUGGCAAAUGCUGAAGUCCUUGCCCAGGUUGAGCGUGGCUAUAGAAUGCCAAUUCCACCUGGCUGCCCUCCACCACUUUAUGAUAUUAUGUUAAAAUGCUGGAACAAAGUUGCAGAAGAGAGGCCAACCUUUGACUUUCUCCAAGCAACAUUAGAGGAUUAUUUUGUUGCUACAGAACCUGGUUACAAAGAUGCACAGUAACUUUUCUAUGUAGGAAGCUGCUCAUUUCAUGUGGUACCAGUUGGUACAUGAUAUGAAGCCAAGCAACAGAGUCACUCAGUAGCUUAUUCAGUUUGUAUUAAAUUUUUAUUGAUCAGUUCAAAAGCUGGUCUUUGUCUUGAUGACGAUACUUAUUGAUGCCAACCCAAAAUUUGUAAUCAUGAAAGAUGCAAAAAUCAAGCUAGAUAUCAACUAAAGAUGUUCAAAGAAACUUCCAUAACCAAAUAUAAAGCACCUUUGUUUGCAGUUGUAAAUCUGUGACUUUUCAUUGUAUUCUAGUUAAGUACAUUGUAUGUAUAACAGCAGACAGUGUUGGUUUUAUAAGUCACAGCAUACAUGAACUAAAAGUUGCACAGUUGGCAAGUUUAAAAUAGCCAUUUGUACUAGAUAAAAGUACACUUCUUGUUUGAUAUGUUUUAUAGCUUGCAGCAUGUACCUGUGGAUUUUACGAUGUGUAUGAAACUGUCAAAAUGACCAAAGAUUGCAGGGAUAAAUGAGUACUGUUUAAGGUAUUUUGAAAAUGUCUACAGGUUUUAGAAAAUUGCUUUUCAAUUGAAUAAUUGCCAUAUUGUUAAGAGUGGCUGGUCAAGCAUGUACCAGAUUUCUGUGUCAUGAGAUUAAAUUUUUUGGUUUUUGACAAACCUUUGUUUUUGCAGCUCUUGAGAAGGAAGUUAGAUAGAAAAUGCUCCGAACUUUUUACUAGUAUUUUAGCUAAAUUAGAUAUGAUUCCAGUCAAUUUUCCUGAUAGCAAAUCAUGUUUAUUUUUGUAUUUUAAAUUACCAUUGGCUUUAAAACUAUGAGAUAUACAGAACCAGUGUGCCAAUAUUUUUCUGGUAAAAUAAUGGCGCUUUUUUAGGGCAAAUUUAAGUUAAGUUCUUUUCAAGCAAUCAUAAUGAUUAUCCAGUUGCUUCAUAGCAGCCUGAGACUAGAAUGAUACUUGUCAUUUUUAACCAAUCAAGCUUGCUUAAUGUUUUCUUUCUUAACCCUAAAAGAUGAAAUUUCAACCCUAUUGUUAAGACAAACACAUUUUUUGGGUGUUGGCUCAAUCUAUUCCAAGCAUGUAUCCACCUUUUGAAUAAGCCUUUUUAGAUAGCUUAUUUUCAAAAUAGCCAGAAAUAAAGGUUGGUGUAUGGUAAAACUGAGUGAGAAUGAGUCAAAAAUACUUACUUUUUUGCUAAAAUAAAAACCUUGAAGAAAAAACGAUUAAUAAAAUUUCCUAAGGUAUCAUCUUCUUAGAUAUUUAGAUGUUAUAAGAUGUUUUGUAGUUUUGUAAUGACAUGCAGAUUUGAAGAUGUGUAACUUACAUUUUGCCCAUACUAAGCAACUAUAAUCUCUCUCUGAAAAGACUCCCAUUUGAAGUUUACCACAAUGACCAUGUAUUAAUUUAUUUUUAACUUUUUAAGUGAUUAUGUUGCUAAUUAUUAGUCACAUUCAGUGUAUACUAAUGACUAGAUUCUAUUUGUAACUGUAGUAUUUUAUUAAUAUGUCAGUUAAAAGUUAUAGUUGUAAGCUUUCAUAAUUUUAAUGAUAUUGUCAAUUACAUAGUAUUUUAUUUUU